GGCCUGGAGCCGUGUGUAGCGGACCUGGGGAGGGAGCGGCGGGCGAUCGGGAGAGGACCGCAGAGAAAGAGAUUGCGGGGCCCGCGAGGGAGCCGCCCCGGGGUCCCUAAGAUCAUCCCCUCCCCUCCAGGACUUCUCAGGCCAUAAUGCAGCAGGGAAAUACCUCUAUCAAACCUGUCCUCCAAGUCAUUAACAUCCGUCCCAUUACUACAGGGAACAGUCCACCCCGUUAUCGACUGCUUAUGAGUGAUGGCUUGAACACACUGUCCUCUUUCAUGUUGGCAACACAGUUGAACCGGCUUGUCGAGGAAGAGCUAUUGGCCAGCAACUGCAUUUGCCAGAUUAACCGAUUUAUUGUGAAUACGCUGAAAGAUGGAAGGAGAGUAGUUAUUUUGAUGGACUUGGAAGUUUUGAAAUCAGCUGAAUCGGUUGGAGUAAAGAUUGGCAAUCCAGUGCCCUAUAACGAAGGUCAUGGGCAGCAGCAAGUAGUUCCUUCCCCGGCCUUAACAGCCCCUCCAGCAGCCACCAAGCCACAGCAACAGAAUGGGAACACAGGAAUGGGUUCCACUGUUGCCAAGGCUUAUGGUCCCUCAAAAACAUUUGGAAAAGCUGCUGGAACUGGCCUGUUGCAGCCUUCUGGGGGAUCACAGUCCAAAGUUGUACCCAUCGCCAGCCUCACCCCUUACCAAUCCAAGUGGACUGUUUGUGCUCGUGUCACCAACAAAAGUCAGAUCCGGACGUGGAGCAAUUCCCGCGGCGAAGGGAAGCUUUUCUCUAUAGAACUUGUGGAUGAAAGUGGUGAAAUCAGAGCUACUGCCUUCAAUGAGCAAGUGGACAAAUUCUUUCCCCUUCUUGAAGUGAACAAGGUGUAUUAUUUCUCAAAAGGCACCCUGAAGAUUGCUAACAAACAGUUCUCAGCUGUUAAAAAUGAUUACGAGAUGACCUUCAAUAAUGAGACUUCUGUCCUUCUCUGUGAAGAUGGCCAUCACUUACCUACAGUUCAGUUUGAUUUCACAGGGAUUGGUAACCUAGAGAGCAAGUCUAAAGACUCACUCGUAGACAUAAUUGGGAUCUGCAAGAGCUAUGAAGAUGCAACUAAAAUCACAGUGAAGUCUAACAACAGAGAAGUUGCUAAGAGAAAUAUCUAUUUGAUGGAUAUGUCAGGGAAAGUGGUGACGGCAACUCUCUGGGGAGAAGAUGCUGACAAGUUUGAUGGUUCUAGACAGCCGGUGAUGGCUAUCAAAGGAGCCCGAGUUUCUGAUUUUGGUGGGCGGAGCCUCUCUGUCCUAUCAUCUAGCACUAUCCUUGUGAAUCCUGACAUCCCAGAGGCCUAUAAGCUUCGUGGAUGGUUCGACUCAGAAGGACAAGGCUUAGAUGGUGUUUCCAUCUCUGACCUCAGAAGCGGAGGAACAGGAGGGAACAACACCAACUGGAAAACUUUGUAUGAGGUUAAAUCAGAGAACCUGGGCCAGGGUGACAAGGCUGACUAUUUCAGCACCGUGGCAACAGUGGUGUUUCUUCGCAAAGAGAACUGUAUGUACCAGGCCUGCCCAACUCAAGACUGCAAUAAGAAAGUGAUUGACCAGCAGAAUGGGUUAUACCGUUGUGAGAAGUGUGACCGGGAAUUUCCCAAUUUCAAAUACCGCAUGAUCUUGUCAGUAAAUAUAGCAGAUUUUCAAGAGAAUCAGUGGGUGACUUGUUUCCAGGAGUCUGCAGAAGCUAUCCUUGGACAGAACGCUGCUUACCUUGGGGAACUGAAAGAGAAGAAUGAGCAGGCGUUUGAAGAAGUUUUCCAGAAUGCCAACUUUAGAUCUUUUGUGUUCAGAAUCAGGGUCAAACUGGAGACCUACAAUGAUGAAUCUCGAAUUAAAGCCACUGUGGUGGACGUGAAGAAGGUGGACUACAGAGACUACAGCAGGAGGCUGAUCAUGAACAUCAAGAGGAAUGCCAUGAUGUGAGCCAGCAGCACCGAUGGCUCAAGUUUGAAAGUGAAGAGCAGAAGUGGAAUAGCUUUCUUCCCACCCCAUGUGACAGCCCCCUGGCAGUCUUUCUGGGCGCCUCUUAGGACCCGUUGGUAGGCAAAGGAUGAUGUGUUCAGAGGAUUGUAUAUAAACCGUCAGAACCAGGGGCAGCUCUCAGGUAGCAUAGCCCAAGUCCUUCCCUCCAACUUCAAGUUGUUGUCAGAUUUACUAAGAUUCUGUUAUCUUCAAGUAGGAAUUAUGUCACAAGUAAUUGACCCUAACUCUGGAAAAUGAGGUGCAUUAUGUAACUUGGACUUUGCUUUUCCAGUGCUAAUACUUUUAUAUCUCGAGUUCCUCCUGGGGAGUGGAGGAGAGCCUCGGUGUUUCAGAGGUCCGUCUUCCUUGAAUCAAAGACUUGCUCUUUCCAGAGGUGCCACCUGGUUGUUAAUGCUUGGAAUGGCAAAAGGGUAGAAUUGUUAAUCAAAGGCCUAUCUUUAAUAUCUGAAGACUAUCCUUCCUUCAGGGUCUAAUAGAUUUAAUAGAGUGAAUCAGAUGGAUCUGAUAUUAAUCAAAAUUGUCUCUUCUGAGGACCGCUGAUAAGCAUUGACUUGCUGUCCCCUAGGGACACCCAGGCAACUACAAAGCACUGCUUAAGUUUUCACUCCACUUCAUGCUGCACUCUGGUUGGCAAAUGAACGCUUCUUUAUCUGUACAUGUUUUUUGCAUUAAUAUGUUUCAUUUCUUGAUUAAAACUAUGUUCAAUAGGAAGAAGUUUGAAGGGAGAAGCUCUUUGUUUUCCUUGCUUUGUUUCAAUAAACAGUAUAUUCUUUGUUUA